AUGUUUUGUUUUAAAAUGGGUCAUGGCGUUUCAUCCGAUACAAAUGGUCAUACGAUCGCUGACUCGAAUUCAAGUGAACAUUAUCUUGGUCUUGUAAAUUUUGGUAAUACGUGCUAUUGUAAUUCGGUGAUUCAAGCUCUUUAUUUUUGUAAACCAUUUCGAGAACAUGUUUUAAAUUAUCGUUUAACACAAAAAAAUAAAAAAGAUAAUUUAUUAACAUGUCUUGCUGAUUUAUUUCAUAUGAUAAUAAAUGGUAAAAAACGAACUGGUGCAUUACAACCAAAAAAAUUUAUUAAUAAAUUACGAAAAGAAAAUACCAUUUUUGAUAAUGAUAUGCAACAAGAUGCACAUGAAUUUCUUAAUCAUUUACUAAAUACUUGUGGUGAUAUUCUUCUUGCUGAAAAAAAAGAAGAAAAAGAUAAACAUGAUAAACAACGUUAUAAAUCAAUUAAUUUUACUAUUAAUAAUAAUGAUGAACAAUAUAAUCGAAUAACAGCAUCAAUUAAUUUAAAUAUAAAUAAUGAUAUAACUACAAUUCAUAAUUCAUUAAUUGAAGAAACUUGGAUACAUGAACUUUUUCAAGGAACACUUGUAUCAACGACUAAAUGUCUUAAUUGUGAAACGGUAAAUAGUAAAGAUGAAAAUUUUCUUGAUCUAUCAAUUGAUGUUGAAGAAAAUACAUCGAUAACAACUUGUUUACGAGUAUUUAGUAAUAUUGAAACAUUAUCUGGUGAAUCAAAAUAUUAUUGUGAAACAUGUAGAAGUAAACAAGAAGCAACAAAAAGAAUGCGUAUUAAAAAAUUACCACGUAUAUUAGCACUUCAUUUAAAACGUUUUAAAUAUUUUGAAGUUUUUAAACAAUAUAAAAAAUUAUCUUAUCGUGUUGUUUUUCCAUUUGAACUUCGACUUCUUAAUACGUCCGAAGAUUGUACAAAUAGUGAUCGUAUCUAUGAUCUUGUUUCAUUAGUUGUUCAUUGUGGUAUAGGACCAAAUCGUGGUCAUUAUAUAGCUGUUGUUAAACGAGAUGGUUCUUGGCUUGUUUUUGAUGAUGAAACGGUUGAUCGUCUUGAUCCGUCCAAUUUUGAAGAAUUUUAUGGAGUUUCUCAUGAUCUGGGUCGACAAUCAGAAACUAGUUAUAUAUUAUUUUAUGAAAGUCGAGAUGUUUGA